AUGAAGUAUACUAACAAAUCAUUUGUCAUCUACUCCUUGUCCUGCGUUGCAUUCGCGGCAGCAGAGAACAUGAUAAGACUCGAGCCUUCAGCUAACCCUCCCUCAGAUAUUUCCUCGCCAGUAGACCACUCUUUCGCAGGUUUUGGAAUAGAGUCCUCCAAUCUCUUCUCAUUCACGGGUGGAGCACAACCAAAUACCUUAACUAUAAACCUCCUCAACAACCUUGCGAAUUAUGCCGGAAAGCCACCGCAUAUCCGGAUAGGGGGGAAUACUCAGGAUUACAUGAUCUUCCAGGAGAGCCAGGCCGAGUGGUCAUGGAUCAACAACCCAAAUGCGGUUGGUCAGGGGAGCAUCAAAGCCGAUAGCAUGUUAAUCGGACCUCGCUUUUUCGAAGCAGCGAACCGACUGCCGAAGGGUACGACGGUAACCUGGGGGCUGAACCUAGCGUACGAACAAAGUGACUUCAUCGAGAAGAUCACGACGAUGGCAGAGCAAGCCUUAACGAAGUGUCCAAACCUGAACAUCACCUCCUUCGAAAUCGGCAACGAACCAGACCUCUACACGCAAAACGGGUUCCGAGCCGGGCCCUGGGGCGGCGCAGUCUUCACGCAAGAAUGGCUGGCGCGCGCGUCCGCGAUAUCCGCGCAGGUCCUCGCGCCGAAGGGCAUCGCGCGCAACUUCUUCGAGGCGGCGGCAACAGCAUCGACGAUCGGCACCGACUUCCAGAUCGCGAACCUGGUCACCUUCGGGGUGAGCGCGGGCGCGCCCGCGCCGCCCUCGUACCUGAGCGGCUGGAACCAGCACGAUUAUUACUACUACAUCGGCGUGUCCGGGUACGCGGUGAGCCUGGAGCGGCUGCUGACGCUGCGCACGACCGAGGACCAGUUCGCCGCGUGGGCCGCGCAGGUCGACCAGGCCGCGCAGACGCCGUACCCGUACGCGCUGCGCGAGAUGGGCGUCGUCGGGCCCAUCGGCCUGCAGGGCGUUACGGAUGUGUUCGGCGCCGCGCUGUGGACGCUGAAUUUCCUGCUCUAUGCGGCGGGCCUCGGCGUCGCGUCCGUCGGACUGCAUAUGACGGAUAACUCGAACGCGAGCGCGUGGCUGCCGAUCCCCAUGUACGGACGGGAGCCGCACGUGCGCCCGCUGUACUAUGGCGUCGCGGCGUUCGAUCAGGUCGUCGGCCCUGCGGCGUGCGCGAGGACGCAGAUCGCGCAGUAUACGGGCGCUCAGGUCCCGGCGGAGUACCAGGAUUGGGUCAGGGCGUACAGCGUGUAUCAGCAGGAGAAGCUGGCGUCUGUGGUGGUGGUGAAUGGGAAGAUGGCGAAUAGCUCGCUGGAAUACAAGGGCAAUGUCACUGUGCAGUUGCAGCUGCCGGCUUCGGCGGCGGGCCAGGUCGUGUAUCUUGCGUAUUUGACGGGCCCGGGGGCGGAUGCUACGGCGGAUACGACGUGGAAUGGGAUCAGUUUUGAGAAGAGCGGGGAUGGCACGCCGACGCAGGUCGAUGGUAGUCAGCAGACGGUCCUGGUCGCGGCUGAUGGGACGGCAAGUUUCUUUCUAAGAGACACAGAGGCUGUCGUUGCGAGUCUAGGGAGGAAACUUGGAGCGGCGGAUUAUUGCGCUAUGCGUACGCGCGAUGAGGUUCCGUAA